AUGGCUCACAAUCACGGAACUCCAUCUUCCUCUACUGGAGCUUCAGCUUCAGGUCAUGACAUGAUGAUGAUCCCUUAUCUGCACUUUACCGGUGGGGACUUCUUGUUCUUCGAGGAAUGGCAACCUUCGUCGGCUGGAGCCAUUGCGGGGGCCUGCAUUGGCCUUGCAUUGCUUGCCAUUCUGGAAAGGUGGCUGGGUGCUACAAGAAGUGUCCUUAAUGCCCACUGGCGCCGAAGAGCUUUGGAACAAUCAGCUAUUCGAGAUAAGGCCUUUGUAGGACGUAACGUGUCCUCCGAACGGCUUCAUGAGUCAAAUGACAGGGCUGAAAGUGAAGGGCCUAACGCUGCUGCGCAGCCUCCCGCAAAAUCCAAUGGUGCAAUCAGUAAAACCCGCAUUCGCACCAUUGCACCCUUCAUCGCUGCCUAUGAUAUACCCCGCGGUAUUUUAUACGCACUGGAAAUGCUUUUGAUGUAUUUGCUGAUGUUGGCGGUGAUGACAUUUCAAGCCGCCUACAUCAUUUCGAUUGUGCUCGGCUUGGGCAUAGGAGAAAUUCUUUUCGGGCGCGCUGUGGCCAUCGGAGGAGGGGGUCACUGA